AAUGAACAAGAAAACAUGAGCAGGGAAAUGGGAUUUCUUUCUCCUGCUUCUGAAGCAACAACAUACCUUAGAAACUCAAAUUGGUUAUUUGAGGAAAACAAGGAAACAAAAUGGACUACUGAAGAAAACAAGAUGUUUGAGGACGCGCUCGCGUUGUUUGAUAAGGAAACUCCUGAUAGAUGGUAUAAUGUAGCAGCAAUGAUCCCCGGAAAGACGGUGAAUGAUGUGAUCAAACAGUAUAGAGAAUUGGUUGAUGAUGUUACUGAUAUUGAAGCUGGAUUAGUACCAGUACCUGGCUACUUGACUACAAUUCCUAGUACUAAUUCAUUCACAUUGGAUUGGAUUAAUCAUGAUCAAGAAGAAGGCGUCCUCCAUGACUUCAACAAACCAUUCUAUGGUCCAUCUCAUGGCAAGAGAAACACAUCAAAUCGAUUUUCUGAAUACGAAAGAAAAAAAGGAAUCCCAUGGACCGAGGAAGAACACAGGCAAUUUCUGUUGGGGCUGAAAAAGUACGGAAAAGGUGACUGGAGAAAUAUAUCUCGCAAUUUUGUGACUACAAGAACUCCAACACAAGUAGCGAGUCAUGCUCAGAAGUAUUUUAUCAGACAGCUUUCUGGGGGUAAAGAUAAGAGAAGAUCAAGUAUACAUGACAUUACCAUUGUCAAUCUUACAGAAAUGAAAUCUAUAUCGCCUGAGAAUCAUACAUCUUCCAAUUCCCCUGAAAACUCUGUUCCUUCUCCACAAAAACCGUACAAUUUGUCAAAUCAAAAAGCAGAUAUAGGAUUCAAAACAUAUGGACUAAAGUUGCAUGAACAUGGAAUGCAUAAUGUUAUUCUGCAGGGACUUCAGUUUGGUCAGUACAAUACUAUGUGA